AGAUGCGCGCCGUGCACUACCGCCAUCGCAAUAAUGCAUGAAAAACUACAUUGAGCGCAGUUUUGUUAUUGUGUGUGAGCGGCAUCCUUCGGAGGUGGUGUGAUGCGGCGUACAGCAAAGUCGGAGUAUAUUGAUCAGUUCGGGAAUUAAAUUCACAGAUUUUUUAAAGGAACCUACCAUCAUCAACCCUCUGUAUUUUUGUGGCUUGCCAUGGGCUGUGCGCCCAGUAUUACUGUCUCACAAAGUGGAGUUGUUUAUUGCCGAGAUUCAGACGAAUCGAAUUCUCCAAGACCGUCGUCGUUUGGCGUUCAGCAGCAUCUUCAGGUCCGGACCGCCGGCGGGUCCGGCGGGGCGGACGGAGGCUUGGAAGUUACAAGUUCAUCAGGGACUGCUGGUGUAGGAACCAUUAGUAUGAUACAUGGCCGCAUGGACCGGCGUGGAACUAUAAGCAUAGAGGCGGAGACUCAGACCAGUAGAUCUACAGUCACAAUGAAGGGCUCAGCGAAUCAAGUGACUCUGGGGCCGAUGAGGCUCUCUCAUCCUACUAUGCAAAUCAUGUUGGUGUUUGCCAAAGAAGACGCUCAGAGCGAUGGGUUCUGGUGGGCAGCCGACAAGGGGGGCUACAAGUGCAACAUCGUGAGGAACCCCACCGACGCCUUGGAGUGCUUUCUGGAGAAGCAGCAUGACGUCGUCAUCAUCGACAACAGGACGACCAAAGGCUUCAAUGCUGUGGCCCUCUGCAGGUCGAUAAGAGCAACCAAGCCAAGUGAAAAUACAAUCAUCGUCGCUGUAACAAAACAUAAUCCGUUGGACAAGGAUGAGCCAUCCAUCAUGCCGCUCAUCAGUGCUGGAUUCAACAGGAGAUACGAAGAGAACGCAAACACUGGCGCUUGUCUUAACGAACUCUUACAGAUUGAGUUCGGGGAAUUCAGGUCACAAUUUAAACUCAAGGCCACCAACUCGUUAUUUGCAGCGCUGGAGAACAGCUCCGAUGCCAUUCAGAUUACGAGCGAGAACAGAACGGUCCAGUACGUCAACCCAGCGUACGAGAGGGUCUCCGGCUAUAGCAACGAUGAAGUCCUCGGGCAAGAGAUGGAGGACAUGCCGAGAUGCGACAAGAACAAAGUGGAACUCAUCGACGGCAUCUAUUCACAACUCAAAAAGGGGAAGUCAUGGGAAGGUAUGCUGUAUUCAAAGAAGAGGAACGGAGAGAGUAUUCCUCAAGUCGUCCAUAUUUCACCAGUUAUUGGAUAUGGAGGGAAAGUGCGGCACCAUGUCUUCAACAAGCGCUCUCCCCUGCAGCCCACCAAUGGUCCCACAGUGUUAUGCCAAGAACUGCAGCACACCGUCGACAAGAUGGGCCAGGAUUUUACCAACGGUCAUCAAGGCCUCAAUAGAAGACAAUCGGUUGCUAGGAUACACUCCAUGACCAUAGAAGCCCCCAUCACAAAGGUUAUAAACAUCAUCAACACGGCCCAGGAGAACAGUCCUAGCACUGUGGUCCAGGCCCUGGACCGGGUCCUGGACAUCUUGAGGUCCUCAGAACUCUACAACCCAGCUCAGGUCAAGGAAGAUGACCAGAUCACCACUGACCUCGUGGGGGGACUCAUGGCUGGUCGCAAUGCCAGCAUGACCUCACUCAAAGAGCAUGGAACCUAUGCAGGCAAACGGAAGAUGUCAGGCUCUGAAGUAGCUAUAUGCAAAAGUGCAGCAUCCAAUAACAGUUCGUCGUCACCCCUGACCCACCUUAGCCAAGCUCCAGCUGAGGUCCUCAAGCUUCUAGAAGGAACUGUGUCGUGGAACUACCAGGUUCUGGAAGUAGAAAGAAUAACACAACAUCGGCCCUUAUUGUUCACUGGUCUAAAGAUAUUUUCAAGGUUUGGUGUGUGUAAUUUCCUUGGAAUCUCAGAGACAGUACUCAGGAAUUGGUUGCAGGUGAUAGAGAGCAACUACCACAGUUGCAACCCCUACCACAACUCAUCACAUGCUGCUGAUGUGUUGCAAGCAACGUCCUAUUUCCUCGGCAAGGACAAAAUGCAAUCAUGUUUUGAGACAGCGGAUCAUGUAGCAGCAUUGAUAGCAGCAGCUGUUCACGACGUGGAUCAUCCGGGCAAGACAAACUCAUUCCUCUGUAACGCUGGAAGUGAUCUAGCUAUUCUAUACAAUGACACAGCUGUACUGGAGAGUCAUCAUUCAGCUCUAGCAUUCCAACUCACAACAAAAGAAGACAGAUGCAAUAUAUUCAAGGAGUUGGACAGGGAUGAUUUCCGUGCACUACGUCACUCUAUCAUUGACAUGAUCCUGGCUACGGAGAUGACCAAACACUUUGAGCAUCUCUCCAAGUUUGUCAACUGCAUCAACAAACCAGGAGCAAGGGAUGGGGACGACUCGUCAUCUCUGCAGAGUGGCGGGCGAAGCACCCCUGACACCAUGAUCCUGUCGACCCCCGAGAACAGGGCUCUGGUGCGGCGCAUGCUCAUCAAGUGUGCUGACGUAGCCAACCCUACAAGACCUCUAGAGCUGUGUAGAGAAUGGGCAAGGAGGAUAUCUCAGGAAUACUUCAAUCAGACCGAUGAGGAGAAGAGGCGUGGUCUGCCGGUUGUCAUGCCGGUGUUUGACAGAACAAUGUGCAGCAUUCCUAAAUCACAGAUCUCUUUCAUUGACUACUUCAUCAUGGACAUGUUUGAGGCUUGGGAUUCCUUUGCAGACUGCCCUGAGCUGAUGGAGCAUUUACAGAUCAACUACGUUUUCUGGAAAGGAGAGGAGGAGAAGGAACGAGAAAAGAAGAUGAAGGAGAAAGAAAACGAAAAGGGAGAUCAUGAAAAGCGAUAAUCCUCCCUCAAGCCGGGGUACACUUAUGCAGGGACUGAAUCUCAACAUUUAUUCAAAAGAAGUGUUUGAAUUGAAGUGCACAAAGCAAAUACUUGAGGUCUCUUGGAUGAAUGAUUUUAUAUAUGAUGAUCAAAUUUUCUUCAUGUCUGUCUACUUUGAAAGCUCCUUGUGCUUUGGUUCUAUUCAUCAUCUUCAGUUCAACAAAUUCCAUCGCUAUAAUAUAUCAGGUGUCAUGUAUUCAUAGCAGGGAUGAUGCGGUGCAGCAGAUUAUUGCUCCAAGGUGCUCAUUAAAUUAAUUAAUUAAUUAAACUGCUUAAAAGCAUUCUUUGAGCUUGAAUGGGGUGAAAUAUGACCUUUUUAGCACAAAAAAAAGAGAUGGCAGAAACAUUCAUUCAUUGUCUGUGUAUUGUUCUCAUUAUACAUGUAACUUGUUUGUUGUAAAAUGGGUUGCUAUGUGGAUGUAUGUUCAACCCAUUUUUCCAAUGAAAUAUGUUAUAUCAUGCAAAAUGAGAAUUUUAAGACAUUAUUUGUUUUAUAAACAAAGAAACAAGGCUUUGUAAAUGUGUAUGAAUAUGGUUAUAUAUAUAUAUAUAUACAUAUAUAUAUAUAUAUGAUUUAUUAUAAGGGUAUACAAAAGAAUUGUAAUAGAGUGUCAAAUAUUAUCAAAAGUGCCAUAGGGUUUAAUCAGCUAAAGGUUUGAAGCAACUCAAAAUUAUCUUCUAAUAUAUCUCAACAUGUACUCAUCAGGGGAAUUAACACUUUACAUUUUUGUUAAAUGUUUAAGAGCUGGAAAGAAAUAGUUACGUGGAAAAUCUGUCCAUGAGCUCUAAGGAAAUGUUUUUCUUCAUGAUGACAAUACUUCCUAUUCCCCCCUUGUAUUUUACAUGCAAACAGGUUAUGUUUAGAUAAAAUGGGGUCUCAUCAGUUUGAUUGAUCAAAUUGAAGGGAAUAAAAAUAUAGACGGAUUAAAAAAAAAAAAUCACCUUGAUGUCUAGAUAUUUAUAUACGAUAAGUACUGAUUUUUUGAAGAUACAAGUUUAUAUAUGAAACAGAUUUAUAAAGCUGGUUUAAAAGUAAUGUACAAUGCGAAGUGUGCAUUUUAGAAUAUAUGGUAUGUGGAUCUCAUCCGCUAUUGAAAAAGAAGUGGAUUGGUGAUAUUUUUCAAGGGAAAGAUUUUACUGAAGAAAAAUUGUUUUCAUAUUUAUGACUUAAAAUUCCCAAAAUGGUCAGUCUGGUUUGAAACACAAAUAAUUUCAUUUCUAGAGUCAUCAAGAGCACUUGACGAGUGCAUUUUUAUGAUUGAUGAUUUUAGAAUAAGUGAUAAACAUUUGUCUUUUUCUUAAUGUUUUGGGCACCCAUCUUAGCGUGGCAAAAUAGAUACAUGUACAUUACGUGUAUGAGUUUUUGUUCUUUGGUGAAGAUCAAUUAAAUAUGAUUUGUAUACUUAGUUUUUUAGACGAACAUAUUGUACCAAAGAAGAAAACUCUUAAAAAGGAGUUGUGAUUUUUAGCAGUAUUAAUUUUAUUAAAGCAAUACUGAACUGAUGAACUUUCUGCCCUAGCGUACUGUUAAUUGCACAGCGCCAUCUCAUGGUCAACUUGCCAACAGUGCUUAACCCAAUACUGUAAAAGUAGAAAUAUUCCGGUACAUUAGUUUUCACGGAUUUUGCGCUAAGCUCGGCAUGCAGGCGCGAAAAUAUAAGCAUGACCUCUUAUGCAUGUUUUGAACUGGCUGAAUUGCGUGCAGCAGGAAUAUAAGAACCAGCGAAUAUGUUUUUGGGUCGCUCAGCGC